UUAAAAAAAAGUUUGAAAGUCAUGUAAAUAAAAAAUUGCAAAAAAGUCCUGAAACAACUGUUAGGAAUUAUAAGGUAUAAUAUAUUUGUUUCUUCAAACAAUGAAAAUUUUUUAUAAUCAUCUUGGAUUUUAGUAUUUCGAAGAGACUGAGAGCACGUGUUCCACUGAAACCGCAAAUUCUAUGUUGAUAAUGAAUCCAGAUGAAGAAUUGAAAGUGCUCCUAGAGUCGUUUGAUGAGUUAGAAGAUAAUUUAAAUCAUAGUAAGAACUCAUCGAAGAGAAAAGUUUCACUCACUGAAGAUGAACCAUUUAAUAAAAUGGCAAAAAUUCCUAGCAUUUUUUAUCCAUUGGAUAUGGAAUCAAUUCUCAAGAAAACACCAGAAGGAAAUGUCCUAUUGUAUAACAGGGCCAAAUUAAACAAUGAUUAUAGAAAUAAACUUUCCAAAAUAUUAGUAAAUGAAUUGAUAUUUGCUACCGGGAAGAGUAUAAAAAGAGAGGCAUUUGUAAAAGUGUGCGAAGAAAUAGUACAGCUCUUUCCCAAUGAAGUGACUGAAACAUAUUACAUACCGUAUGUUUCAUCCAAACAUGGAUUAAGAAAACAAGCAGCAAGGGGGAAGUUAUGGUCUCGUUACCUAAAUGUAAGGGCUCUUUUAAGAAUGACGUCUGAUCCAAAAAAAAUUGAAUCUGAAGUUGAGGGAGAAAGAGAAGAUUCAGAUGAAUUGAAAAAUGAUUUGAUAUUCUUGGAGAGUGCAGUGGAACCUUUUGUUAGAAUUUUGGAAUCAUGGGAAAGAACUUUUGAUUACAGACAAAAUCUUUUCAAAGAACCAAGCUUUGAAAUCGAUAAAAUUUUUAAUAAGUUCCCAUGUUUAAAAAUGCCUUAUGCCUUAGAAUUGUUUGAAGCAGACUUCAAUCGGAUAUACCCUGAGAAAAUUGAUAUUGUUUAUUCAGAGGGCCCAAAAAUAUGUAGGGCAAUCAUUAAAGAAAGUGAAGAACGUAAGGUUUCACCAUUCAAAGAAGAUAUAGAAGAUACAAAUAAAAAAGCUCUUUUUCUAUUGCCAUACAUGUUUUCACCAGUAACCAUCAAAAAAGGAAAGUCUAACUCUGGAAUAUAUAGACCUACAAGAAAGGAAGUACAGGAAAGCUUUUUUGUACAAGCUGAGGUAAGAACAAAAUGUAGUUUGGUCAUACAAUAUGCAAUUCAUUCAUUUGUUUCAGAAUUUUGAAGAAAUAGAAGAUCUCAUCUCCAAGAGAUCAAAGUUGUUGGAUCCUUUAGAAAUACCAAUUCAACCGUUUAUGGCAGAGGUAGGGAA